AUGCACCGCGGCGUGAUUCCCCGGAGUCUGGCCACCCUGGCGUGGCUCGCGCUGUCGACCCUCUCCGCGGUGACCCGCACGCAACCUGAAGCCAGCAAAUUUUUUGAUGGAUCUGACUGGCGCUCAAGGACCCUUACACAGAGUCGUGAGCCAGGGAUACAGAAGCUCAUAGUGGGAGGUAGUCCUGCAAAAUGUGGACGUUUUCCAUACAUGGCGUCAUUGCGUAACAACCAGGGAAAACACCAGUGUGGCGGAGUGCUGGUGGAUCCUGAAUGGAUAUUGACAGCUGCACAUUGUGUGCAUCCCAAUGAACUUUUUUCACUGAAGGAAGCACCCAGGAUUGUUAUCGGCGCUUGCAAUCUAAAGGACAACAGCAAUGUCGAGAACAGGCUGUCACGGAAAACAAUCAUCCAUGAAGGGUACACUGCCAACAAAGUGGAAUUGGGCAACGAUAUUGCACUGCUGAGGCUCAACAGGAAGUCUGGUCUGACCCCAGCUGGCUUGCCACCAGAAGCGCAGUCGCUUAGCAGACCAGAUUCUUUCGUUGCCCUGGGGUGGGGAAACGGGACGGUUGCAGACCUGCAGCUAGCCGCUGGUCUGGAUUUUGUCACCAAUGAGGAAUGCAUGAACGGCUGGAGAGAUGCAGGCAUUGAUGUUGAUGUCAAAGAUUCGAUGCUGUGUGCGUUUGGCCUUAUGGGGCAGAAUCUGUGCACUGGGGACAGUGGGGGACCUCUAGUCGAACCCUUCGCACCUGAUGGGAACCUAUCUGCUGGCAACGCUGAUUUCGACAUUGUUGUUGGCCUCACAUCGUUUGGUUUAAUGGGAGACACAUGCGAACUUGCAGAGAUACCAACUGUGUUUACAAAGCUGAGCAGCUUUCGUGGCUGGAUUGAAGAAAUGAUGAAGGAAUCUGCACCUGCACAAGGCACCGAGGAACCCAGGUCUUCAGCAGAAGACCUCGAGAAGCUCAACAUGGAACUUGUCUUGCUUGCUGGAACACCUGAAGAUUCUGAAUCGAAAGAACUGGCGGCCGACCUGCUCUCCAUGGGGGCGGACCCAAACGCCCUCAUGUCGUGCUGUCUUGGCGAGUUUGCAUCCGGCACAGUUGAUUUCGCUGGCGAAUGCACGGCGCUUCAUGGAACGUCUUUGAAUGACAACUCUGUGGUGGCUGCCACGUUGGUGGAAGAGGAAGCGGACUUGGAUGCAAGGUGCAAUGGCGGGUGGGCGCCACUGCACAGAGCAGCCGUUCAGAACGCUGAAAAAGUGGCUGCCAAGCUUGUCGACUUGGGAGCUGACGUUGACGCCAGGGAUGAGCAGGAAGACACCCCUCUGCACGAAGCGGCGCUGUACGGGAGUGUGGAAGUUGCAGAAUUGCUGUUGAGUUUAGGAGCAGACAAACUGGCAACAAAUAGCAUUGAUGAACAGACUCCGCGUGACAAAAUAUGUGGCAGUGUUUUGGUUGAAUGUAGUGACGAUCAAAGAGAAGCGCUAGAAGAGCUGCUGUGA